AGAUCCGACAUUUAAAACAAGCAAAAAAAAAAAAGAAACACGGGUUUAAGAGAGAGAAAACGGAGGGACGCGGUCAGCACUAAGACAUCGUCUGAACAACGAUUGAGUAAAAAAUAUAAAAGCACUUUGGAAACUACUGAAAUUAGGUGCUAAAUUCAGCCAUGGCAGAUUAACAGAAGCAACCUCCCUUUGAAAAUCCAACCUCAAAGCUACCAUCAUUCGUUGACUUUCUCCCUUAAAUUUACCUCAUUUCAUAAAUUCUGCUACAAAACCUUCUUCAACUUCACCCAUAAAUUCUCUGAUAAAUUCUUUAAAAUUUUCAAAAAUUGAAAAAUGGUGAGAGAUUCAUCACAAGAAAUUCCAUUAACAGGAAACUCAUCAAAUUCAAGAGAAAAUACAAUUCAUCCAGUUGAUAUUGAGGCGAAUUCAGCACACCAAUCAAGAGCAUAUCCGCCGCCCCCAAAUUCAGGAUAUUAUCAAGUCAAGCAUUAUAAGAAAUGGUUUUCAUGGCUGAUUCCUGCAAUUGUAAUUGCCAAUACUAUUAUGUUUAUAAUCACUAUGUAUGUCAAUAAUUGCCCCAAAUAUACUCUCUCUUGUUUAGCCCCGUCUUUCGGUCGCUUCGCUUUUCAGCCUUUUAAGGAAAACCCUCUUCUCGGUCCUUCUGCUACUACGCUUGAUAAGAUGGGGGCUUUAGCUAUAAACAAGAUCGUACAUGGUCACCAGGGAUGGCGUCUGAUAAGCUGCAUUUGGCUACAUGGUGGAGUUUUUCAUCUGCUGGCCAACAUGUUAGGUUUACUAGUUAUUGGAAUUAGAAUGGAGCGGGAAUUUGGUUUUGUACGGAUUGGCUUGCUAUAUGUCAUUGCUGGACUUGGUGGGAGUUUGAUGUCUGGUCUUUUUGUGCGUUCAAACAUCUCCGUUGGUGCAUCGGGUGCUGUUUUUGGGUUACUGGGUGCAAUGCUUUCUGAGUUGAUUAUUAACUGGACCAUAUACAGUAACAAGGUUGCAUCAUUGGUAAUGCUGGUUCUCAUCGUUGCCGUGAACCUAGGGGUUGGAAUUCUACCUCAUGUUGACAACUUUGCUCAUAUUGGAGGGUUUAUUUCGGGGUUUCUCCUCGGUUUUGUGUUUCUUAUCCGACCCCAAUUUGGAUGGGUUAGCCAGAAAUAUAUGUCACCCGGCGCCUCUCUGGAUUCAAGGAGGCCUAAAUACAAGAUAUAUCAGUGUACCUUGUGGAUCGUCUCUCUGAUUGUUUUAAUCGUCGGGUUAGUUGUUGCAUUUGUUAUGCUUUUUAGAGGAAUUGAUGGGAAUGAACAUUGUUCUUGGUGCCAUUAUUUGAGUUGUGUUCCUACAUCAAAAUGGAGCUGUAAUUCGGAGCCUGGAUCCUGUCUGCAAAGCCAACUAGGCAAUCAGAUGAAUUUGACAUGCGUGACCAGUGGGAAGUCCAGAACAUAUAGCUUAUCAAAUAUCACCAAUUCUCAGCUUAAUGGUCUUUGCAGUCAGCUCUGCAGCAACUUUAGAUAAGUGUUGAUGGAUAGAUGUUAAGAUAACCUGAGGUGAAUAUAGAAACUGCCAUGUAAAGCCUUAAUUUUUCUGUUUAUAUAUCGUGCUGAUUUUUGUAAAUUAAGCUCAGAGCCUGAGACAAAUCCAUAAUAUUGUAUCAUCCAAUUGAUUUGUUAAGAGAUGUUAUCAUA